AUGGAUCUGAUCGACCACGACAACUUCACACCACUAGUACACUCGAUAAUACACGGUCACCUGCAGUGCGUUGAGCGGUUACUGGCAAAGUCCGCUCGUAUUGACCCGGUGUCGGACGCAGACCAUGUGCCGCUGAAUCUUGCGUGCGAGCACGGGUCGCUGGCAAUCGUCGAGAUGCUGCUACAGCAUGGCGCACAGAUCGUUCCUGACGCCGAGGGGCUCUACCCUCAGCACCUUGUGGCUCGGUCCGGCCAGAUGCCAGAGCUCCUGUUGCUGCUUAAGAACUUUGGCGCAGAUCUCGACCAGAUCGACAAGUUGUACGGAUGGACGCCCCUGGUCCACGCCGCGAGCGAAGGCAACGUCCCUUGCCUCCAGGCCCUGCUGGAUGUCGGAGCGGACCCGAACAUAGUUGACGAGAAGGACCUCCCGGCGAUGUACUACGCAGCGUGGGAGGGCCACCUGGAGUGCAUGCAACUACUAGCUCCUUUCAACGCGAGGACCAAAGCAAGCCCCAUGAUUCUGCAGCCCGGACUGGGGCCGAUGAUGGCCAGCAGUGGACCCGACCCGAUGGCUCUCGAUCCGGACGCCAUCCCCGAGCUCGAGCUGCCGCCGCCCAUAAUACCGCUGCGCCGCUACGGGCACAAUUUCCUCGACACCAAGACUGUCAUCCAGAUCAGCUUCGAGGAGAACGGAGACCAGCCCCUAGUGUUCUUCCACGACGGAAAGUACCCGGCUGCCCGCCUCACGAUCUCGUCCAAGGUUUCCGACCUCAUCCCGAAGAACAUCAUGCUGCCUUUCCAAGAAGACACCCGUAUUGUUUCGUUCCAGAUCGACAAUCUCGAAUCUUUCACCCUGGACUUUGACGUUUUCCCGACCUACGGCGCAAAGAUCAUCGCCAAAACGGUGGCCCUGCCCAACACGUUCAAGGCGCUGCUCAGCAGCUCCGGCAAAUGCUGUCUACCCCUGUUCGACCCGAGGUUACGCGCAAUCGGCCAGAUAAGCUUCCACACGCAGGUCAUCAAGCCCUUCAACGGCAAGCCGCUCGAGAUCACGGACUUUGAGACGUAUUGGAAGGCCACGAGCCAGUUCGACCGCAGCCCCAGCACGUUCGUGACGGGGUCAAGUCUGUCUGGCGACUUUGUCCGCCUCUUCGUCCAGCACACCAGCGAUGGCGUGCCCGUGCUGUGGCCGAGGUGGACGAUACCGUGCGGGGGUAUCGACCUGCCCAUUUCCCGGCUGACGAUGGAGCAGUUCAACACCAUCACGUGCAAGAGCCCGAGUCGCGCCGAGCUGUCGUCGUUGCGUUCGAGACCCCUGGAUGACAUCGCCGACGUCCAUCGCGUCUUGGCGACGGCGGGCAUUCCCCUCGACGAGGCGUUGGCGCUGCUGCCGCACGGCAUGCACGUCAACAUCCAGAUUCUCUACCCGUCGCUGGAAGAGGAACGCGCCAUCGGCCUCGGCCCGUCACUGGACCUCAACACCUUUGUCGACUCCCUUCUGACCAUUGUCUUUGACCACGCCCGCGCGCAGAGGGCGCAGUCCCUCGAGUCGGUCCGCUCCGUCGUCUUCAGCUCGUACAACCCGAGCAUGUGCACGGCGAUCAACUGGAAGCAGCCCAACUUCCCCGUCUUCCUCUGCAACGACCUCGGCCGGGAGGAUGUCAUGGCGCCCCCGGACGUGAUCCAGAGCCACGGCCGUAGGUCUGCCUCGAUCAAGGAGGUGGUCAGGAUUGCGCAGGGCAACAAUUUUAUGGGAUUAAUCUGCUGUUCACGCCUACUCGACAUGGUCCCCGCCCUGGUGGACGCAAUCAAGUCAAACGGCCUCGCCCUUGUCACGGACAAGUCGCUGGAGCCUUCGUCGACGAAUUCUCUGACAGAUCCGUUUCCGCGGUUGCCCAAGGGGGUGGACGGCGUUCUAAAAAGUCACGGUGUUUUGCGCUUCAAUGAAUCCAUAGACGUGUAG